AUGGACAGCAAUGAGGAGGUAGCGUCCUCUGUCAAAUCAAGCUCGGUACAGAUUCCAAGUUCAAUCCCUCGCUCCUUUCGUUCCUCUUCACCCAGAGCAGAAGCUUCGAGUCGAGAAACAUCAAUAGCCAGGUUGGCUUCUCCGCUUCCUGCAAACUCGUACACAGGAACGCCAUCGUCCGUAAGAUCGGGGAAAAGAAUAGCCACUCCGGUCGCACAAAAUGAGAGUCUUGCAACGAUAAACAAUAAAGCUUCGCUUCCAGGACCUGGUACAUCGGCUCUAGCGUCUGCUCUUCAAGACUCGAACGGCUCGAUCUCUGGUGCUGGACCGUCUGGUACACCUCCGAGACAACCACCAUUGCCAGGUCUACGCGAGUACCCCUCCGUGGACAAACCUGUGCGCUCAAAUUAUGGGUCAUUUGAUCCCAAGUCGACCGACGACGGCUCUGAAAGCGUACGAGGAGCUGAAGACCCGGAAGUUGUGAAGAGACAUUUGGUGCGACCGCCGGACCUCGACAUUUGGGUAUCUCAGCCCUCGAGCGACGCGGGCGGUUAUGAUGAUGAAUUUUCGAGUUUACAACUACAAGGUGGUGAUGUGACUAGACAGGUAUAUCGCUGGACAGAAGACGCUGAAGCUCAGGCUUCUGGGCUGAGGAGGCCGACGAGGAGCCGCAGUUUUUCAGUCCAGAGACCAGAACCGGAGAGCGAAACGAUGAAUAUAAACUCGAUUCGAGUUCCUGGUGGAUUCCGGCGAGAUUACAUACGGAGGAAUUUGGGCAGCCCUGGUCCACAUGGAUCAGAAGACGGUCAACAUCCAGCGCCAAACCAACCACGAUUCUUGACAAGCAACUUCCUCGAGUUUUUGACUUUGUAUGGUCAUUUUGCUGGUGAAGAGCUUGAGGAAGAUGACGAAGUUCUAGGGCCUGGCGAAUAUUUUUCAUCUGAUGUAUGGGAGGAGGGCGAUGAAGCACAUCCUGGAGAAAGUACUUCUUUGCUGCGCCCAGACACUCCUGGAAUGAAAAGACGCAAACAUAAAGAACGGGCUCCUAAAGGGACAAAUACGUCCAUGGGUGCUGCGCUGCUUCUUCUCAAAUCGUUUGUCGGUACUGGUGUUCUUUUCCUACCUCGUGCUUUCUUGAACGGAGGAAUGCUAUUUAGCUCCAUUGUCCUUUUGGUGGUCUCUCUAGUCAGUUUCUAUUGUUUCAUACUGCUGGUUAACUCGCGACUAAAGAUUGAGGGAUCCUUUGGUGAUAUCGGUGGUAUCCUGUACGGGAAAUGGAUGCGACGAAUCAUUCUUGGCUCAAUCGUGCUCAGCCAGCUGGGUUUCGUUGCUGCAUACAUCGUCUUUACGUCUCAGAAUUUGCAAGCCUUCAUUCUAGCUGUCAGCAAAUGUUUGACGUACAUUGAUAUCAAGUUCAUGGUGCUCAUGCAACUGAUCAUUUUCCUUCCGCUGUCAUUGAUCCGCGAUAUCAGCAAGCUGGGCUUUACCGCGCUCGUUGCCGAUGUUUUCAUCAUGCUUGGAUUGAUCUAUCUUUAUUAUUACGACAUCUCUACAAUUAUUGACCAAAAUGGUGUUUCCGAUAUUAUCGCCUUCAACCCCAAUUCUUGGACUCUAUUCAUUGGUACGGCAAUUUUCACCUACGAAGGUGUGGGACUCAUUAUCCCCAUCCAAGAGUCCAUGAAGCAGCCAAAAAAGUUUCCAGGAGUUUUGGCAGCAGUCAUGAUUAUUAUCACCGUUAUCUUCUUAUCAGCUGGUGCUGUCAGCUAUGCUGCGUAUGGAUCCGCUACGAAGACAGUUGUUCUUCUCAACCUUCCGCAAGACGACAAGUUUGUGAAUGCAGUGCAAUUCCUUUACUCAUUGGCCAUCUUAUUGAGUACACCACUACAACUCUUCCCGGCGAUUCGUAUCUGCGAGAACGAGCUGUUUACUCGCAGCGGCAAGUAUAAUCCAGGCAUCAAAUGGAAGAAGAAUUUCUUCCGCUUCAUGCUUGUCAUGUUUUGCGCGUUUGUGGCUUGGGGUGGUGCUGGAGAUCUUGACAAGUUUGUUUCACUUGUUGGCAGUUUUGCCUGCGUACCGCUUGUCUAUGUCUAUCCUCCUUUGCUUCAUCUCAAGGCAUGUGCAACAACCAGAUUCCAGCGCUCCGCUGAUAUCGGUUUGGCCGUUAUUGGCGUGAUAUGUUGUAUCUACACUACAACACUAACGAUCUAUAACUGGGUCGGCGUCCCACCGGCUCCAGAAGCUCCGGGGUAUUGUGAUGUAUAGUUGAUAAUACCUCUGCAAUGAACAUGGUUCAUUCAUUUUGUCUGGGAUAUCUACCCCCUGUUUUUCCCUCGCAUAUACUGUUCUGAUGUCGUUCAUUCCUCGUUGAUUCGGUUUCUCUAUUUGAAAGUUUAUAAAGCAUGUUGUUUUUGCUAUUCUCAUUGUGUUUGAGGUUUGAUUGAAAGAUGGUGACCUGCAUAGAAGUACAGAAGAGCGACCCUGUGUGUAUAGGACGGUUUAGAUGAUUGAAUCUUUCGGAGUUGGAAAUACUCAAAGUUCUGCAGAAUUACUUACG